AUGGAAGGGGCAGAAAUCGGCCAACAUUUGCUAUCUGGAUCAACAGAUACUGCAGCUACUACUCUUAUCACUUGUAUUGCAGCUUUGUGCCUCUAUCCACAUGUCCAGAAAAAAGCCCAAGAAGAGAUCGACCGAGUCGUCGGUCAAAAUAGGCUACCACAGGCGGAAGAUGCCGAGAAGUUGCCAUACAUUCAGCAAUUUAUUCUUGAAAUCCAUCGCUGGAUGCCUAUUGUUCCGCUCUCUCUACCGAAGGUAGCAACAGAACCUGUAAAGUGGGGUAAUUACCAGUUUCCUGAAGGAACUAUAUUGGUAAUGAACACGUACGCCAUCCACCAUGACCCGAGCUUCUACCCAGAGCCAGAUGUGUUCCGUCCAGAACGUUGGGAAGGAAAGAUCAAUUUGGCACACGCGGAUGGCCUUCUUUUCUCCUUUGGAGCGGGGCGUCGCGUCUGCCCCGGAAAGCAUUUAGCCGAGAGAAACCAAGGCGGGAAUACCAUCUCUAUCAAUCCUAGAGCUUUGAGACCUGGGCUUGUGGUUCGCCUGAAGCCAUUUCCGGCGGAUAUCAGGCCAAGGGACCCUGAGCGAGCAAGACUCAUUCGGCAGGUGUGGAAGGAAAAAUGUGACACCUUGUUAGACGAAAACCACCAAUGGAAAACGUCACCAGAGGGAGUUGAGCGACUAAUUCAAAGGAAUAGGUGA